AUGCGGCGAAGCUUCAGUUUUGAUCUUCGCCAGCUGUUUUCCUUUGCAUAUCCGUCAAACACCCGAGUUUGGGGCGAAAACUUCUACAGCCUGGUCCCCGAGCAGCGUGAGCAGGACUCGGGGAGCGGCGGGGCUGGGGUGCCGGCCCCCGGACGGGACCCGACGGCCGCGAAGCGAGCGGUGCGGGUGGACUUCAGCCUCUUCGUGCCCAGAGGAGAUGACCUGGGGACGCGUUUCUUCCUCGGGGCGCGAAUACUGGCCGCCGAGAAAUCCCUGCUGAGGGACUCGUCCCCCGCCUCGGGCACCGACCGGGACUCCCCGGAGCCGCCGCUGAAGGCGGAGGGGGAGCAGAAGGAACCGGACUCCAAGAGCCCCGACGAGAUCGUCCUGGAGGAGAGCGAUUCGGAGGAGGCGAAGAAAGAGGGAGGAACGGAGGACUGGAAGAAAAGGGAGGAGAGCCCGGAGAAGAAACCCUGCCGCAAGAAGAAGACCCGCACGGUCUUCAGCCGCAGCCAGGUCUUCCAGCUGGAGUCCACCUUCGACGUGAAGCGCUACCUGAGCAGCUCGGAGCGGGCCGGGCUGGCCGCCUCGCUGCACCUCACCGAGACCCAGGUGAAGAUCUGGUUCCAGAACCGUCGCAACAAGCUCAAGAGACAGAUGUCGGCCGAACCCGAGGGCCUGGGGCCGGCGGAGCCCCCCAGGGACCCCUCUCCCCGGGGGCCGUCCCGAGGUUAUUUAUGCCGUGUCGGUGGGAUGCCCGCCUGCGGCACAGCCGGCGGCAGCCGCCCCCCGGCCCACGGAGGGGCCGCCCGGGGUCCCCCCACGCCCGUCCGUGGGCAGUCAACACGUUCUCGAAGCUUCAAAGGGCGCUGCCAGCCCGCCCUCGCUCUUGCAGCGCUUUUUCCCUCGUCAGAACGGAGGAGAUAG